AUGGUGUCCCCAUCAACCCUCAAGCCAUCAGCUCCUUCCGCCAAUCUGCUCCGUUAUCUCCGCUCCCAGUGGGAGUCGGCCAACUACUUCUCCACCAAACUCCUGCAUUUCCAUAAUUAUUCAGUAGCAGCAGCAGGGGUGGCACAUCGCAGUCUUCCCCCAUGCCCCUGGCGAUUCCAAUCGCAAAGAGUGCAGGCAUUCUCGUCAUGGACCCUUGACGCAAAUGAUAUAUAUCCACCGUGCCGCACCGCAACCCUCGAAGCAUCUCUGUUCCCCUUCUUCAUCCCCCGGCCUCGGAAAUCGCUUGCCACCACCACCAAACCCCUCUUCGCCCAUGACCAUUCCAUGCCAACCCCUACCACCCCGCGUUCAACCAUAAAGAGUCUUAACAAUGGCUAUCUGCUCCCAUUCAGCAGUACAACGGGCAAGCGAAACCGAAGUGGGAAUUUUAUUCGCCGGUUGCUGGGUCUGCGGGCGUCUGAGCACGACCCGAAGCUGCGGGUGAAUGAUUUUCCCAUUGGUGCUGUUAUGGAUGAUGGGCCUGAGGGGAGUAUGUUUGCUACGGGACGGUCGUUGGCUAUGAAAGCGACGAAUGAGCCGCGUUUGAGAUGUACAGAGCUAGAUGAGAAUGGGAAUGUUACACUGGUUAAUGGGGAGUUUAAGAAGAGUGAGCUGAUUGCUAAGUAUGGGCUUCUUCCACGGGAUCUCCGCAAGAUCGACUCGUCCGUCCUUCCGCACAUUCUCGUUCGUCCUAGGGCUAUAUUGAUAAGCCUUCUACAUCUGCGAGUUCUCAUCAAGUCGGACCGGGUGCUGGUAUUUGAUGCGUAUGGGUCUACGGAUUCAUAUACCCAGUCGGUCUUCAUGUAUGAUCUAGAAGGUAAACUACGUCAGAAAGAGGCGGUGGGCCGCUCUGCACCGGGCUCCCUGCCAUACGAAUUCCGUGCUCUGGAAGCAGUCCUAGUCAGUGUUACCAGCGGACUUGAGGCGGAGUUUGAAGGGGUAAGGGAGCCUGUUGUGCGAGUUCUUCGGGCGCUGGAGGAAGAUAUAGACAGAGACAAGCUUCGCCAUCUUCUGAUAUAUUCCAAGAGGUUGGGUACGUUUGAACAGAAGGCUAGACUGGUGCGCGAUGCCAUUGAAGACCUCCUGGAAGCCGACGAUGACUUGACGGCCAUGUACUUAUCGGAAAAGCGGAAAGAUAUGCACAGGCAGGAGCAUGACCACCAGGAAAUAGAAAUGCUUCUGGAGUCCUACCAUAAAGUCUGUGAUGAAAUUGUUCAGGCUAGCGGGAAUCUGGUUACGAAUAUUCGGAACACGGAGGAAAUUGUAAAAGCCAUUCUAGAUGCCAACCGCAACUCCCUGAUGCUUCUCGAUCUCAAAUUCAGCAUCGGCACGCUGGGACUAGCGGCCGGCACCCUCUGCUCAGCCCUCUACGGCAUGAACCUGAAAAACUUCAUCGAAGAAUCAGAACUAGGCUUCGCAGCUGUCUCAGGCGCCUGUUUCGCCUUCACCGCCUUCGUAUGCGGCUACGGGCUCAUGAAGUUGCGGAAAGUCCAGCGCGUACGGAUGUGGGGGGAAGCGGGGCUGCAUGAUCGUGGUAUUGGAGCAUUGGGGCUCAGGAGCGUUGGUCCGGCGAUCACUCAUCGGGCUAAUUGGCGAGCUGACUCGAUUGAUCCGCUCUGGAGGGGGGUGGCAGGUGAGACACGCGGGGAGAGGUUGAAAAGGCUCCGUUAUGGGGCUGCCGUUUCGUCUUCUGCUUCUUCCCCCGCUGCUGCUGCCGUCGCCGCCGCUUCGACAAGUAGUCGUGGAACUGCUGAGAAGGCGAAACGGGUAGCAUCUACUGGAGGGAAGGAUGCAAACAGGAAACAGCAGCGUCAACAUCAACCCUCGUACAACGAAGCAACCCAUACAGGAAAUGCGGAAUCAGUAGAGAUACCAGCAGCCCUGAGCUCCGUCUCGCGAUAG